AUGUCAACCACCAGCCAGUCGGAAAAUGAGAGCCGGUCUCCAGUCCGAACCACACCAUCCACUCGAGGGAAUCACUCCAGCAUUGCCAGUCGAUCAAGCCACAGGACUCGCCCCUAUUCCGCUGCUUUGCCUCGUGAUCGUGGUGGACGCCCAGCCUUGAGUAGCAGCAAUGGACAAGCUCCGGAGGGUCUAACAGACCCAGAAAGUCCCCCUGCCGAACGCCAAGCAACUUUAGGUCGCCAAUUUGGGAGACCUGGUGCAGGUGUUGCAUCAACUUGGCCACCAAACAUUGUUCCAUUCGAAACUAGUGAGGCGAACAUCGACGAACAAUAUUUGGAUAACCUUAGCCAGACUUGGGAUCUUCGGGCUCCUUACAUAGAUUUUGCGGAAGAUCUUAUGCGGGUCCCGCUCAAUCGCCAAUAUAGUGUCUUACUAUACUCGGUCCUCUCUGUUCGCCAAGCAGUUGAGUCACUCAUCCGCUCGAGGGACACAGGUCAUCACGGUUCCUCGGCUCCUGCAGCAAUUCCUUUGUCUGUACAGGCACGCAUCUACCCGUACCAGAACCAUUUCAAGACCUUUGUUCAGAACCAUGCCAAGGAGGUUCUCAUUAGCCCGAUCCUCGAUGUAUAUUCUUGCAACCCUGUGAGGGGUGCACCGGCAGCUGGGAGGACCCCUCUAGAUCAGGACCACGUGCAAGCGCAAUCAGACGAGUUCAAACUCAAUUACUUACCAGUCGGAUUCAUCUCAGGCGAGCUUUCAGCGUUGGCAAGUGUGAUGGUAGAGCUGCGCGACCGACUGAAACAUGAGCGUGGAUCGAUGCGAAAUCUUCUCCUCACUAAUGUCCAUGAGCCAAACGGUCGACCGAUUACACACCCGGUCCCAACACUCACCGUUUUGCUCAUCGAUAUGUGCCAACGUAUGGUCCCUGGUGGCAAACGAGCGGCCACUCGCGCUGCUGACAAGCGUUUGAGGUCCCGCAUUGCCCACCUGCGGAUUCAGACUAUAUCUCACUACGCCAGACCAAGCGCCGGUGAUGCCAACCGACAGUGGUCCAUAAUUGAUCAGCAAUUAGUAGAUUUGAGAGCACGGGAUCCUACAUAUCGUCGGGCUUUCUACCGGCUCAUCAUACAGCUCGAUAACGAGUUGUUUGGCGAGACAAUGUACACUGAUUUGGAUUUGGAUCGCAUCCGAAUACCAACUCAGGAAGAGGUCGAGGCCCAAAUGGCCGUGAUGGCGCAAGGCUGA